UUGAAGAUGUACUCAAAUUUAGUUGAGACAAUAAGCGGCGAGUAGCACGACACGAAAACUCAAGUAUUUGUUUGUUGGUUGGCGUCAGUGACUCAACAACACUUCCUACUUACCACCAUCAAUUCAAUUAAAUUCCCCUUUCACCUCCACACAUCCAAACACUCCCUUAUCCUAACCUAACUAACCACCACUCUUUUUUCACACUGUUAUAUCAUCAUUCAUCACAUCAAUCAUUAUUUCUUUCUAAUUUCAUUUUUUAAAAAAAAACCUGUAACUAACCAUAGAACAUUCUAGAAUGAACCCGUUACAAUGGAACGAACAAGUGAACGAAGCGGUUACAAAGAGGUUACAACUAUGGCAACAAAGGAGCAAUGAAUCACCAAUGACAUGGGUAACUGAGUUGAUUGAGUAUCUUAACUCGGUUGGAGUUGAGUUACCAAGUUGUGAGUUAGUUGAACUUUUGGUUUCUCAAAUUUGUUCUGAAAAUGGAAAGGAUCAUCCUUCAAUGUGGAAGUUUCUUCAUCAAGCUCUUACUUCUCGUCUUGUUUUUCCUCUUCAAUUGAUUUCGCUUUUAUCUUAUAAGGUUUUUCGUUGUCGCAAUUUUCAUCCUCAUGCUUAUGCUCUUUUCCUUCCACUUCUUCAUCAACAUGUUUUCAAUUUUCAUCCAAUUGCUUCACAUUCCUGCAAUAACAAAAUAAUUAAGUCCAUUGAUUCUGUCCUUCAUUUUUCUGAAACAUUCAAAAUUCACGAUCUGGAGCUAGGACAUGUAUUUGUGCUGUUCUUUUUUAACAUCAUCAUUGCUUUGAUUGAUAGCACAUUAAAUGACUGGGGAUUACAAGUGACCUUUAAUGAAAGAUCGUGUUUAGUCCCAAAGGGCGACCAGUAUAUGGAAAUUGAUCAUAAUGUGAUGCACAAUUUUAAAAAAGGUGAUUAUCAUGAACAGAUACGGAAGAGGAAUGCCAUCACAGCCUUAGAGGUAUUGGGAAGACUAAGCGAAAGCAGAAAAGCAACGAUUCUUCUGCAGUCUGUUCUCUUAAACAUGCCUGAAAAUUUCAAUUGCCUCCUGCAGAGGCUUCAAUUUCUUGAAUCCCUUGAAUUAGCAUCAUCAGAAUUAAAAUUAGUAAAUCAAGUCCUUAGAAAAGUGUCUACCAGGAUCCGUGGGGUUUCUCAUUUUGAUUACUCCCUAAAUAAGCAUCAGGUGGUUGGGAUGAUUGUUGAUGUUGGAUCAUGUAAAGCAUUGUUGAAUAGCAAAUACAGAUCUUGUUGGGUUCCUUUAGACAUUUAUAUGGAGAAUGCUAUGAAUUCUAGACAGAUUCCUAUCAAAUCAGCUAUUGAGGUGCUUACAGAAGGAAUCAAGACACUUCAAAUAUUUAACCAGGCUAGCUGGCAUGAAACCUUUUUGGCACUUUGGCUUUCAGCCCUCCGGCUUGUGCAGCGAGUUGAGACUGGUCCAUACUUAAUUUUUUGUUUUCAUGGAAGUAUUAACCAAAUAACUAAUAUUCCUCCUCUCUCUUAUGGUGCAUUGCAGGAGCGUGAUCCUCCUGAAGGUCCUAUUCCCCAUCUUGAAGCACGUUUAUGCAUGCUUUUAUCUAUCGUCCCUUUGGCAAUUGUGAAUGUUCUACGGGAUGACACUGAAAAUAAUCUGUCUACCGUUCCAGUUCCUAUGAGAUCACAAUACAAACCUGAAAUGAAGAGCGAUGGUUCUAUUAAACUUGGGCUGACUUCAUCUGUUCAAGUCCUUGGGCACUUUUCUGGCCUUCUUUGCCCUCCUGCAUUAGUUGUUGAUGCAGCCAAUCAGGCAGCUAAAAAAGCAGCGAGUUUCAUUUAUAAUUCAAUGAAUGAAAAGGGUGAAUCUUUCACCAGCAUUCAUGCUAAUGCCAAUACAAAAGCAGGUGGGAACUUGAGGCAUCUCAUAGUGGAAGCUUGUAUAGCAAGGAAUUUAAUGGAUACAUCAGUGUACUUUUGGCCUGGUUACGUGUCUACAUCUGUUAUGUCUUUGUCAGAUUCAUCGCCACUAGAAAAAUCUCCAUGGUUAACAUUUAUGGACGGAACCCCGUUAAACAAUUCUCUUAUAAAUGCCCUUACGGCAACACCUGCCUCAAGCCUAGCGGAGAUAGAGAAGUUAUACUAUAUUGCAUUAAAUGGAACGGAGGUGGAAAGGCCUGCAGCUGCAAAGAUUCUGUGUGGUGCAUCCCUCAGCCGUGGAUGGUAUAUUCAGGAACAUGUGGUCCGCUAUGUAGUCAAACUACUGGCUUCUCCCGUACCUCAUAGUCAUUCUGGAACUUGGGGCCUCUUGGUGGAUAAUAUGUCCAUGCUAAGUGCUGUCCUCCGUGGAGCUUCCUGUGUUGAUACAGUUCAUAUACUUUCUUUACAUGGUGUAGUUCCCACAGUUGCUGCUUCUUUAUUGCCGCUUUGUGAAGCAUUUGGCUCAAUUACACCGACUCCAAAUAGCACAGGCGAUGAGCCUUCAACAUCAGUUUACAUGGCUUUUUCUUUAGCAUUUCUUUUCCUCAUUCGUUUAUGGAAAUUCUGUACACCCCCUCUUGACCAGUGCAUCACAGAAGGAGGAAUUGCAGUUGGAGGUUUGGAGUAUCUUUUGACAUUGCACAAUAACUGUGUCAUGUCUUCCCAAGAUAAGCUUAAAAGCAAUCAAAAUCUCUUAGAUUCUGCAUUUAAACCUGUAUCUAUCGAUUCAUUUCCAAAAUUAAGGGCCUUGUAUUGUCAAUACAAAUCUUGUGUUGCUUCAACCCUUUCUGGUAUUUCUACUGGAAAUUCCAGUCAUCAAACUGCUAGCGUAAUCUUAAGCAUGAUUUACCAAAAGAUGUCUAAAGGUGGUAUUUCAUCAAGUAAUUGUUCAUCACCAAAUAGCAGUAAUGCAUGUAGCUCUCUCAUAAAUUCUGGUGAUGAUGCUCUUCAAAGACCUGUGCUCCCUGCAUGGGAAGUACUAGAAGCUCUUCCUUUUGUCCUAGAAGCAAUCUUAACUGCUUGUGUUCAUGGGAGGCUUUCAUCGCGAGACUUGACAACAGGUCUGAGACACCUUGUUGAUUUUCUUCCAGCGUCAAUUGCUGCCAUUAUUGAUUACUUUUCUUCAGAAGUUACUCGUGGUGUAUGGAAACAAGUUCCAAUGAAUGGAACUGAUUGGCCUAGUCCUGCAGCAGUUCUUCAGUCAGUGGAAUCAGAAAUAAAAGCUAUACUAACUCAUGUUGGCGUUGAGGUUCCAAACUGUUCAUCUGGAGGCUCACCAGUAAUGCUUCCAUUACCAAUGGCAGCUCUUGUCAGUUUAUCCAUUACUUUUAAACUUGACAAGAGCCUGGAGUACAUCCAUGCUAUCACCGGAGCUGCUUUGGAAAAUUGUGCAUCAGGUUGCCCUUGGCCUAGCAUGCCUGUUAUUGGCUCUCUGUGGGCACAAAAGGUUCGCCGCUGGCACAACUUCAUUGUCGUAUCCGGUUCCCGCUCUGUGUUCAGACAUAACAAUGAAUCUGUUGCUCAGCUGGUGAGAAGUUGUUUCACCUCAUUCCUUGGAGUAUUGUCUGGUUCAAACUCAAAGUUGACUGCUGAAUGUAGUGUGAAUGGUCUGUUGGGUAGUUCUAUUACUGCCCCUGGUGCCAUUCCUUUUGUUGCACCAGGAUUCCUUUAUCUUCGAUCCUGUCGAAAUAUACACAAUGUGCAGUAUCUGAACGAUGUGAUUGUGGGACUAGUGACAGAGUAUUCCAAUGAAUUAGCCGGAAUAAGGGCGAGUUCUGGCUCUAGCCGCUUAAAGUCCAACGAAACAUCAAUAUCCCUAGCAGCUCAAAGUGCAAAAGACAUGGCAACACUCGGUGCAAGUCUUUUAUGUGCAGCUGGUGGUAUACAACUGGUCCAGGAAUUGUACAAGGAGACUAUUCCUACCUGGCUGCUGUCAUCAAGGGAUGUCAAGCGCAAAAAUGAUAAUGUGGUGUCAUAUAUACUUGAGGGUUAUGCUAUAGCAUAUUUGUUGACACAGUCGGGAGCAAUUUUAUGGGGCGUUGGGACCAAAUUACCAUCAUCGAAACUCUCUAGAAGGAAUCGCAUAAUUGGAGUCCAUUUGGACUUCCUGGCAGAAGUCAUGGAGAGAAAAAUUUCCCUCAGUUGCAAUCCUCUUACAUGGAAAACUUAUGUCUGCUGUUUAGUAGGAUUAAUGGUUAGUUUUGCACCUGCAUGGCUUCAAGAAGUGAAGGUAGACACUUUGAGGAAAUUAGCACGCGGAUUAAGCAGAUGGAACGAACAUGAACAAGCACUUUCUCUACUACAAAGAGGUGGGACUGCAGCUAUGGGAGCUCUUGCUGAACUUGUCAAUGUGAUUGACUUUGAACAUAAGAAGCCAUGCUCAUAAAUCAAUAUGAUGAUUGAAUCGUAAAACGUCAAUUUUGCUUCAGAGAAAAUUUGGGAGUUUCUUUGUGGAUAUAUUUAACUCUAGUUAGUUAGAUAGAUAGUUACAAAGUUAGUUAGAGUUUACAAUAGUAGUAUAAUCUUAGUCUUCACUUUAUAGAGUUAAUUGGUGGAUUUAAAAAAAAUUGUAACCUUUUUCUCUUAUUCAUUGAUAUCUUGAGCAUGGCUCAAUUCAUUGAUUUAUUGAGCUCCUUCGUUUCCAAUUCCAAGUCAUAGUUAAAAUUCUGUAGAAUUUGGAUUGUUGAAUAUUAUUAAUUUGCCCAAAAAAUGGUGUU